GUGGUUGUUCAUUUGAUGAGCACUACAGUAAUUGUGGUUAUAGUGUGGCCUUGGGAACCAAUGGAUUUACCUGGGAGCAGAUCAAUACCUGGGAAAAGCCAACAAUGGAUCCUGUUGUCCCAACUGGCUCCUUCAUGAUGGUGAACAGCUCUGGGCGGGCAUCUGGGCAGAAAGCUCACUUGUUGUUGCCUACGCUGAAGGAAAAUGACACGCAUUGCAUCGACUUCCACUAUUACUUAUCCAGCAGAGACCGUUCGAGCCCUGGCUCUCUGAAUGUCUAUGUCAAGGUGAACGGAGGACCACAGGGCAAUCCCAUAUGGAACGUCUCGGGUGUUGUUACAGAAGGAUGGGUGAAAGCAGAACUUGCCAUCAGUACGUUCUGGCCACAUUUUUAUCAGGUGAUAUUUGAAUCUGUCUCUUUGAAAGGACAUCCGGGGUACAUAGCUGUGGAUGAAGUCAGAGUUCUCGCCCAUCCAUGCAGAAAAGCACCUCAUUUUCUACGACUUCAGAACGUGGAGGUUAACGUGGGACAGAACGCGACAUUCCAGUGCAUUGCUGGGGGGAAGUGGUCGCAGCAUGACAAGCUCUGGCUCCAGCAAUGGAAUGGAAGGGACACAGCAUUAAUGGUCACUCGAGUGGUCAACCAUAGACGUUUUUCUGCUACCGUCAGUGUAGCUGACACCUCUCAACGCAGUAUCAGCAAGUACCGAUGUGUCAUUCGUUCAGAUGGUGGAUCUGGAGUUUCGAAUUAUGCAGAAUUAAUAGUGAAAG